AUGAACCAGAACCUGAGCUGGUUUCAGGCGCGGGAUAAUUGCCAGCAAGAAGACUCUGACUUGGCCUCUGUCCAGAAUGACCGGGAAGCUUUAGAGGUGGUCAAGGUGAUUAGACAGUACCUGCCGGGCAUCAAAAGCAUCUGGAUUAGACCAAACAACCUCACUCAGAAUGAGCAAUGGAAAAGUCAAGAAGCUCCUAUAAGCAGACGACGCUCUCUAGUACUGGACGAGAAGGCAUUUGCCCAAGGGAGUGAGACAUGUGUGGAGCUCAUAGUCUCUCAAGAACUCCUGAAAUGGAACAAUGCCAACUGUGACGAGAACAAAACAUUCUUCUGCCAAAUGCUACCUCUCCAUCCAAAGUCUCCUGUCACAAGUAGCAGUGUAACCCAAGUAAACAAAAAAUCACAUGUCAUUGUGGUAACAAAGAACAACGAAAAGGACGUGGUCAGUAAGGAUGCCAAAUAUAAUGAAGGCAAAAAGUUCACCAGAGAUGUAAAAGAGAAUGGAGAUGUGAAGAUUGACAUAGGUACAAAAGAUAACCAAGACCUGAGGACUGGCAUGGACACAACCGUCAGACAUAGUUCACGAGUCUGCACUGAUCCGAAAGAAGUCCAAAGCAUGAAGGUCACCACAGAUACAAGAAAUCACGAAGGCCUAAAGCUUGUAAAAGACACCAAAGACAAAGGAGAUUUAAAGGUCAGAGAAGACACUAAAGAAAGUGAGCUCCCAAAUAUCAGCAUAGAUGUCGAAACUGACAAAGUCUUAAAGGAUGGAAAAAAUCCGAGCAAUGAUGAAGUCCAAUCUGGGGGCCAAGGGGCCAAGGAAGACCAUAAAGGAGCCAGACGUCUUUGGAAAACCAAAAAUAACUGGCAGGCACCAAAGGGCAAGAGCAGUUUCACUAAGAACCACUCUUCGGCCACAACCUUCACCUUCUUCCCCAUGGUGACCCUGCUCCUCUCCUUCCUCAUGUUUUGAACCUUCCUCAUGAAUUCAGAACUAGGGGAAAGUCUCGCAGACUUCGCUGAAAUGAACAAACACCGUCCUACACACCACGGAAUCGACAAGAACCUGGCAAGGACAGCCCCUGAGGCCCUGAGAGGUUGAGAGAGAAACUUCUGUGUCGUUAGUUUCCAUUUUUCACUAAAGCCUUUUGACCUUAACAUCUUUCUUUCUGUAAGGACGCUAGAUAACCGCCCAUCUCCCUCAUUGAAUUGGAAGUUCCCAGGGGCGGAAAACAUGCCUGUGCCUGGCUUCUUUAAUAAAUAUUAUUA